AUGAACAAUCAGAUAGCCGAGCUCCGCAGCCUCGCAGAUGAAUUGAUCAAAGCCUCCGAUACGUCUCCGCCCACUUCAAAUGUCCUCCAGACCCAGAGCAACGCGCUCCGCCGCAUGCGCCAGCUGCUGAUAGAGUCCAACGACCAAACCCACACCAAGGAUGCCUUCCGCCAUGUGCGGGGCUUCGAGACGCUACUCGUCACCCUCCGCUCUCUCUCCGGUUUCUACAAGCCGGCUGAGCUGUCUACUCCCGACCGCAUUGACUUCUUCGAGGUGAUCAAGGCAACGCUCGAUGUCUUAUCAGACGCCCUGAACGAACACGCUGGUAACAGGCGCUUCUUUGCAAAGCGGGUCGAGGAUGGUGGCUGGAGUGCGCUGGAACAAGCCCUGGGUAGCACAGGCAUAUUUGGUGGACAGUCCCAGAGCAAGCGCGACGAUGCGGGGCAGGAACAGCUUUUUGGCACUCUGUUCGCCUUUGCGUUGGGGGAAGAGGCCAUGACACGCAUAUUUCGGGACGUUGAGAAGAAGCUCGACGAAGCACGAGCAAAGCACGAGGCUGCACUAACAGCCGACGGCGAUUCGCAGACCGCCGAAUUGGUCAUCUCAAGCCCGCGCUCCGUGUAUAGCGACACCGACAUAGACAUUGAGCCUAUGCGCGGCCAGGUACGGGCCAUCUUUAGCGGCAAUGAGAUAUUGCAGAAUCCAGACAUCAUCCCAACCAUCUUCCACUUUUGGCGGGGUCUGUCUGGUGAAGAUGUCCCGGGCACCCACUCCAAGGCUCUCUCCAUCUCGGUGCUGCUAGCCAUGCUCGAGAUUACCACAAUCUCUACAUACAACAAGGCUGCGCUCCAUGUCACUGGCGUCCUGAGCUCUGUUUUGCCUUUGCUUUUUGAAGACCAAUGCGCUCCUGUAGAAGCCGGCUUGCUGCAAGAGUUGGCCGACGACCUAGUCCAGUAUGGCAUCAACAAGCUCGACGAUGCGUACUACCUCUUCCGCAAAGCAGCAUCCUCGAAAAAGGCCGCAGAGUUCCUCCUCCGUGGCAUGCGCUCGUCCCGCAACCCGCCCUUUAUACAAUUCGAUCUAUCUUUACAUGGCUUCAGCGCCAUCGAGCUUCCAGACAUUGGUCGCCCCUUCCCUCCUGUCUCCCCAGGGGGUGGCUAUACAUUUGCUGCCUGGAUACGCGUUGACAAAUUUGACAAUGACUGUCACACUACGCUCUUCGGGGCCUAUGACGACACACAGACGUGUUUCCUCAUGGCAUACCUAGAAAGGGAUACCCGAUGUUUUAUUCUACAGACUUAUAUGGGUCACUCGACUGGCGUUGUUCCUAGUGUGCGAUUCAAGAAAGCUCCUCGCUUCGAGUCCAACAGGUGGUAUCACAUCGCUAUUGUUCACCGUAGAGCAAAGGCUAUCGGUAUGGGGACUGCCAAGGCAUCUCUUUUCGUAGAUGAAUCAGCCAAGACUCUUCAUAAGUAUACCAGGAUGCAUAGUACGCCGAUCAUCAUCAAUGCCGCGGUGCCCUCGGUGAAUGAUGCAUUGUCCCAGCCACGUGGGUUUGGACGACUAUCUGGUGAUCCUGUCGUUGUGGUUCCUCAAUCACUGGACGAUGCCAUCUGGCGGGUCGGCGGGUGUGUUGCUGUCGGCUUAAAGCUGGUGCAAUCUGCUCAGACUUUGGACAGCAUGCUUCGUGCUGUGAACAUACUGCUUGAAGCUGUCGGAGGCAAUUGGCGCAACUGUGAGGCCAUGGAGCAGCGCAAUGGCUUCGCCGUUCUAGCUGAAGUCCUACGCCAAAAGAUUGGAUAUGCCAUGGGUGGAUUGGUGGCGCGCAAUCCUUCGUCGCUUGAUGUCACGCAGGAAGACUGUGAAACUUUUGUCUUGCAAUUGCUGAGGAUAAUUCUCCGCUUCGUCGGCCGCGCAACUUAUGCCAAACGAGCGCUUCGACCAAAAGCGAGUUUCGCCCGAUUGCGGAAGGGCGGACCAUCUGGUCUAAGUCCAGGAAAAUCAUCAGGAACAACGUCACGCUCGCAUAGCCCAGUCCAAAACGGAGCAGAUACCCAGCCAUUGUCUCUUCCGGAUUUGGGUAUUGCCAUUCUCAAUCUUCUGGCAGAGCUGCUUUGCGACCCCCAAAACCCACAAGAAGUGGUCCGCUUCGCAAAGAAUGUCACUGGAAAGUGGCUUCUUUACCUACUCGCUGAACCGGAGCAACGCGUCGUUGUACUUGGUGCAAAAAUUCUGGCUCGGUUGCUUGUGCUAAAUGGAAUGCAUUACGUGAAAAAGUUCGCGGACAAGACCGGGGGCUUUAUCCUCAUGAAGAACCGAUUACGCAAUUGGUGGAACACACCGGGCAUUUGGACUAUCUGCUUUGCCAUACUCUUUGGUCGCGAUGUCGCAAGUAUAGAUUUCGAGCGCGAUUUUGAUGUCUUCAAUCUGGUUGAUGUCUUCAUUGCACAUUCGCCGCAGUCUAAGCUUAGGAUCUGCUACCCGGAAGUGUUUCCAGUAAUCACUGCGAUGUUAGAAACAGGCCUGCGGACAAUUGUCCGAGACCGGGACCUCAGCCGAACGGAAAGUGGCCCUUCGAAGCAGGAGAAUAGCGAGGGCACAGUCACUCGGGGUCGUCGCAGAACAAUGUCAUUGAACGCUAAGCAGCCGAUAAUUGAUACACGAGCGCCCCAGACGGAUCGCCUCAACAACUUUGCCGUUGUCCUGAACUCUGCUAUCCAGUUCUUGUCCGAACUGCACUCUCGCUCGGAGGGUUUCCGCGACUACACCAACUCUUCCAAUUACGUCCAAGAAUUGCUUUUCGUCCUCUACCCCGUUAUAGUCACGUCCGAUAGCGUUAGCGCAGAGACUGAGCUUCUUUCCAGAGGAUCUGCGUUGACAUUCGAAGGCCAAGAUGUCGUGAUACAACCGAUUUCUCAAACCAACGGACAAGAAACUCCUGUGAUUCGAACAAGCAACGUUACCGGACCGCCUGCUCCUUCUUCCAGGCGCGUCCUACCUUUCCGCAGGGCGUCUUCUUUCGUUCUAGUGUCAGCGGAUAAAAAGAAGGUUACUCAACAGCCAUCAUUGAACCCAAUUCUUUCUGCCAAACACGCUGCUCCUGUAGCGCUCAAAGCGGUCUUUGAAGGUUGGUUUCUGGAAGGUGCAGAGCCACUGCUUGACUUCGCUGGCUUUCUUUUGGAAUAUCUGGAGCGUCCGGACAUUUCAGCGAUCAAGUCCGUUAGGCUAUGCACACAAGCUAUUCAAUUGGUUCGGAGCACUUUCCUUAGAGUUGCUCUUCUUCGUUUGGCGGAACCCGAUGAGACCGAUGGUGGAGCGGCCACUACAGCAGUCAUUGAGAAGAUGGUCUACUGGCAGCCGAUCAUCCUCUCGUCCGCCAAUAAUGAGACAUCUUCAUUGAAGAUGAUCUGUUAUCUCCUGUACACGCAACUUACAUCAGAUCACACAACUGUGCGCCUCGCAGCGGCAAACUUUUGGCGGCUGCUGAUGGUGCAAAAACCACAUGAGACAUCCAUGAUUUUGGCCGACGCUAUCCACGGAGACACGAAAGACCUCUACGACGGUUUCCAGAAGCUUGUUGAGCUCGACAAUGAAACUUUUCUAGAAUGGCUAGACACCAACAAGAAGGAGAUGGACAGGUUCUUUUACGGCUCAAUGACAAAGCCGUGGGAGGACUUUGCCCAAAGCCAGAACAAGAAGACCGAAGAGACAUCUCAAAGGCGCAUCGCAAAGAGGAAAGAGAAGCUGAAGCAAUGGCAAUCAGAGGAGCUUAUUGCUGAAAACGUUUGGAAUCAUCAUGAAAACUCAACGAACCAUUGGAGAUCCAAUAUCCAUGCUUCGGAGCGGAUCAAGCACCAACGUGUCAUACAAGAUCACCAGGACAAUGCGACUUACAUGGCGACAGUCUUAGCUAAACUGGAUCACCAGCUGAAGGGCCCGUGCGGUUUGUUUGAAGAUAGCCCGCCGGCCCAAUGGCGACUAGACGAAACUGAGGGUCGUGAUCGAAAGCGUCUGCGCAUCAUCGUUGACAAUACAAGCCGCGAGCAGACCUAUCAACCGAAGCGCAAAGACACAGACUCCAAAGACAGACCCAAACUGGACACCACUAUGCCUUCGAUAUCCGCUAAAGAAGCUGUUGGUAUAACACCAGUCGCUGGACCUUCAGCGAGAGCGGUAUCCGUGACAAGCACAUUGGGGGACCCGGCAGCAGAAGCUGAGUCUGGCAGGAAAGACUGCCUGUAUUUGCUCGACGAUUUCUUCCAGAGGUCUGACGGCGAGAUUGUGCGUGUAUGGCAAGCACCGCCUGAUGAGCGCGACCCGUAUGUACAGGUCAUUGCAGGCAAAGAGGCAGUCACCAAUCGCCGACCACCGCCUAGGAGCCAUGAGGAUGCGGUAAGGGAUUGGAAAUGGACCGAAGUUAUCAGCAUCUCGAAACGGCGCUUCCUUCACAGGGAUGUUGGUAUCGAGAUUUUCUUCGAUGACGGACGCAGCUAUCUACUCACGGCCAUUUCAGCACAGGCUCGAAACGACAUUCAUUCUCGAGUCCUUCAGCGAGCUUCGCAUGUUGCGAACCCGGAAAAGUCCGCCAACUCCGAGAUUUCUUGGCGCCUGGACUCCUUGCGGAAUCCAGAGGAGGCACCUCAGACGUUAGGAUCACGUUUUGCAUCAGCCUUCGGUUCUGCAUCAUCUCACCCGGCGACUAAGAAGUGGCUAAAAGGAGAGAUGUCCAACUUUCACUAUCUGAUGUUCGUCAACACGCUUGCAGGAAGGACUUUCAACGACCUCACCCAAUACCCAGUCUUCCCAUGGGUCAUAUCAAACUACCAUAGUGAAGAACUGGAUUUGAAUGACCCAAGCAACUUCCGCGAUCUCCAGAAACCCAUCGGUAUCCAGGAUCCUAAACAAGAGCAUCUCAUCAGAGAAAGAUUCAGUUCGUUUGCAGAAAUGGGUGAUGCCAGCCAUGCCUUCCAUUAUGGUACUCACUACUCAUCUGCUAUGACCGUGGCAUCGUAUCUCAUGCGCCUCCAGCCGUUUAGUGCAGCAUUUUUCCUGAUCCAGGGUGGUACCUGGGACCAUGCCGAUCGCAUGUUCUAUUCAAUUCAGAAUGUAUGGGAUUCGGUGUCUGCUAAGAACAUGGCCGAUGUGCGCGAGCUUACACCAGAAUUCUAUUUCCUUCCUGACUUCCUGACUAACGUCAAUGGAUACAACUUUGGGCUGAGGUCCGACGGUUCGACAAUUGACAAUGUCCAGCUGCCUCCCUGGGCCAAGGGAGAUCCAGCCAUCUUCAUCGCUAAACAACGAGAAGCGCUGGAAAGUCCCCACGUUAGUCAGAAUCUCCAUCACUGGAUUGAUCUCAUCUUUGGCUACAAACAGCGUGGUGAAGCAGCCAUCGAGGCUGCGAACGUCUUUCACUACAUGACCUACCAGGGAGCGAUCGACCUCGACUCUAUCAUGGAUGAGAAGGAACGCGCGCAGAAGAUAAGUGUUAUCAACAACUUCGGGCAGACGCCUCCACAGGUCUUCCAACGACCACAUCCACAGCGGGAGAAUGUUACCAAGCCCACGAAGCUAGAUACGUCGGCUGAGAGCUUACAUCGUGUGCCGGGCACGCUACUCGAAGCCCAGGACCGCAUCUCGUUCUUGAACUACAGCAACAAGAGCGAGAAGUUACUAUGCUCAGGGCCGUUCCGCCACAACAUACCUCCACAUCACGACAGGUACAUGGAGUGGGGGUUCACUGAUGGUAGCGUUCGCUUCUACGAAUCGCACUCCAAAAAGCUUAUCGGGCUGUUUGAGCAUCUACACUCUGGCCAGCUAACAACAUCGCUAUUCGUUGACGGCAGAACACUGAUCACUGCAGGAACCGACUGCACGCUUGCGAUCUGGAACAUCUUUCACAUCACUCCAACACCAUCAACCAUCACUUCCUCUUUCUCCACGCCCAACAAGUGGUCUGCUACUCUCAUCAACGUGCUCAACCACAGCGACCCCAGCUAUCCAUCCCAGGCAGCUCCUAUCACGUGUAUAUUGCCUAUGCCUCACAAUGUCUACACCGGCGAUGAGGAUGGUCGAGUAUAUGAAUGGGAUUGCGUGCAUCGUCACCAUUGA